UUUCACUACAUUCUCUCUUUUAAGUAUCUGGAAAAAAAGAUUUGGGAGGCGCUGUCACACACGAAAAACACACAAACCCUUUUCACUUCAAACAUUAAAGAUUCAGUUUUUCUUCCAAAGAUCCACCACCUCUAGGGCUCUUUACAAAUACCCUUUUCUUCUCAUGGACUUCUGAUCUUUCUCUGCUACUAUAGCUAUGGCGGCUGUUGAUGAUACGAUGGUUGUUUCCGGAAACGGGACUGCUCAUGAUGCGGUUCAAGAACAGUUUUCUAACUACGACGAGGAAGAUGACUCGAUGGAAAUAAUCGCCAGAAUUCCGAAUUAUAAUUGUGAAACUAAAGAGGGAAACGGGAGUAACGAGUCGUUUGCUGAACGAGUUGAGGAAAGCGUUGAAGAAAGCAAUGAUCUUGAUGCUUUUAAGGAACUUCAAGUGAAAGAUACUGAUGAUGCACCGGCUCAACCGAAAUGUGAAACUGAGUCGGGCAACAGUGUCGGCCAUAAGAAUGACACGAAAAACAAAGUAGAUGGUAAUAAAACGAAGAAAACGACUUUGCCUAAAAGUGGAACGGUUCCUGUUGAGAAGAAGAGUGUUAAUUCGAAACCCGCAAUAGGUCAACCUAAGGCCCAUGUUACUAAGAAGCCUGGAACGUCAGAUUCUCAAACGUCUACUGCGAAUGAAGGUGUCAAGCCGAAGAUUAAAGUGAAGCCCGUGAAAGCAGUUCAUGGAACCGCUACAGAAGGAAGAGCACAUUCUCCUGAAAGCUCCACAACAGGAGAUGAGAAGCCACAAAGACAGGGCACCCUGCCAGCCUAUAGUUUUAGUUUUAGGUGUAACGAAAGAGCCGAAAAACGUAAAGAGUUCUAUUCGAAGCUCGAGGAGAAAAUCCAUGCAAAAGAAGAGGAAAAAAACACACUGCAAGCGAAAACAAAGGAACAUCAAGAAGCCGAGAUUAAGAUGUUAAGAAAGAGUCUUAUGUUCAAAGCAACACCGAUGCCGAGUUUUUACCAUGAAACGCCUCCGAAACCAGAGUUAAAGAAGAUACCGACCACACGGCCCAAAUCUCCAAAACUUGGAAGGAAAAAGGAUUCAACAACCACAGAACCGGAAGCAAACGGUGGUACUACUUUCCGACCUCGGUUAAGUUUGGAUGCAAAGAAGUCACUAAACAACAAAACAACCGCUAAAGCUCUUUCCCCCGUUCCUACAAAGAAACCCGCAAGGAAAUCUCUUCCAAAACUGCCUUCUGAAAAGAUCAAAUUGCCGGCAGACUUAAAAGAUAGUAAAGAAGCACCUCCCGUUGACAUUACGAUAUCGUCCAACGAAACAAACGAACCUGAAGCGGUUAAGGAGUCGUCACAUGUCCAGGAGGCGGAUACACAUGCGGUUGAGGAAAAAGCGAACUAAAACGAUGAGAAUGUCGAAGUGUCGGUUCUGUUUUUAGUUUUAUCCUUCAGACGUAUAUAAACGACGGCAUCGAUUGAAAACUGGAGGUUAAAGGGUUUUGUUUAAAAUCAUCUUGUGUCAUUGUUGUUCAUAGUCAACUACUACUGCACUGAGGUAAGUGUUUUUGUCAUGGUUUUUUCAAGAAUGGUGGUGUGACCAUUUUGCCCUUUUGGAUGUUUAGUUUCUUUUUCUCAUUUGAUUCCUGAACUGUUGUGCAAUGUGGUUUAGUUUUACUAAUUAUCAAGAAACUGGUGGGAAAUCUGUCUUGUGUUCAGAUGUCAAUUUGACAAACACUUGGGAGUUAUGUACCUUAAAAUGAGAUUGCUAAAUUUCUGUUUAUAAAGACUCAUGUACCUUAAUAUUUGGUUUU